AAUGUCUACAUAGGAUUGAAGGGAUGCUGGUUGCCUAGUCAUCACGUGACAGCCACAGCGGCGGCCAAACCUUGCAUUCGUACGUAGUAUUACGUACUAAGUUGAGAUUCAAUGGAUACCUCUAGCUCGAGCACCUGCGGGUGAGGUGGUAUCUGGACAAAACGUUUCACUGCCUGAACGACAUCGGCGACUCGGCUUAAAAGAACGGUCUCAAGACUCGGGUGUAGUAACUGUAGUUUUAAAGGCCAGUCUCGCCAUCUAUCGGAGGAACAUUGGUUCGCAGGGUUAAGCAAGUGUUGUUUUGUUGUCACGGGAAACCACACCGUCUUUCAUACUGAGGAUGACAGUCCAGGAAAAUGAAGUUCCUCUCCUACAAAGGAUUUCCAAGAAGAAACUCAAGAGGCAGAAAGCACAGGAUAACCAUCAAGUGGAAUUCGACCUCUCCGCUGUCAAAAAGAAAAGCACUUCCAGGGCCUCGUCAUUUGUGCGAGCAGAUUCCGUCAAUGAGCGAUAUGCAAGAGUUGGAGAUACCAGCAGUGCCAAAAAAUACACCCUUCCCUUACUUCAGUUGACUGAAGAUGGGGACUUGGAAGCUUUAAAGCAAUUACUAAAACUUGGCGAUGAUGUAAACCAAGAAGACGAAGAGACUGGGUAUACGGCCCUACACAUAGCCUGCAAAAAUAACAGUUAUGACAUCGCUAACCUUCUGUUGAAUGAAGGGGCCAACUGUAAUGCCCAAGAUAAAGUAGACCAGACCCCACUACAUCUUGUCGUUAAGAAGGAUCACCAACUGUGCUGCCAGAUUCUUCUGGGUAACGAAAAGUUGAAGAUUAAUACAUACAACAAAACUCACGAUACUGCCCUCCACCUAGCAGCUAAAGAAGGCAGGCACGACAUAUGUAGGAUGCUACUGGGGCAUCAAGAUGCGAAAGUGAACGUCAAAAACAAGAAAGGCAUUACUCCCUUGCAUUACGCUGCCCAAGAAAAUCAGAGAGACAUACUCGAAUUGCUCCUUACCAGUAAUGCUGACUGGAAGUGUAAGGAUAGUCAUUCUUAUUUGGCGCUGCACUACGCAGCUCAGAAAGGAUUUCAGGAAUGCUGUAGAGUUUUGAUUAACAACAUAAGUACAGCUGACAGAGAAAAACAGCUUAAAACACCCUUAAAAGAUGGCAAGACUCCUUUAAUGUUAGCUGCCAAAGGGGGUCAUCAUAAGUGCUGUGAAAUAAUGGGAUUUGUAAACAUUAAAGCCACAGACAAAGACUGGAACACUGCCCUUCACUUUGCAGCUCAAGGAGGGUAUGACUAUACCGUCACUCAGCUGUUAGAGGCAGGUGCUGAUCUAAAUGCUCAAAAUAAGAAAGGAAGUGCACCUGUUCUUGAAGCAGCUGGAAAGAAGAAAUUUGGAUGCUUGAAGAUCCUCGCAGAAAAGGGUGCAACUUUAAACGUUUCCGAUAAGCAAGGCAAAAAUGUAUUACAUUAUGCUGCUGAAAAGAAUGCUGUUGAAACUUUAAAGUUUCUUAUGUCUUUCCCAGUUCUUAUAACAAUAAUCGAUAAGAAGGACAACAAUAACUGUUCACCUCUGCAUCUUGCUAUCAAGAAGGAGGCAGACGACUGUGCACUUCUGUUGCUGGACAUGGGUGCCUCACCUGUUGAGCCUUGCUCGGGAGGAUUGACUCCACUUCACCUCGCAGCUGAUAAGGGCAGUACGAGUGUUUGUGAAGUCCUUCUCGCCAAGAAGGAGGUUCAGGUCAGCCAGGAAAAUGAUGAUAAGGCUACACCCCUGCACAUGGCAGCUUUCCAUGGGUCAACGGACGUUUGCCAGAUGCUGAUUCGCAGGGGAGCCCGUAUUACAGCAGUUGAUGACAAGGGAAGAACUGCGCUGCAUGUUGCCUCUGCAGAGGGUCACCCAAAUGUUGUUAAAUACCUGUCCAAAAAGGGACUUCCUCUGAAGGUGAAAGAUGAUACGGGUUCUGGCGCUCUCCAUCUGGCAGCUUCUAAAGGUUCUCUCGCAUGUUGCGAAGUUCUUGUGUCUUCUGCAAAGGCAUCUUGCUGGGAACUAGAUCAGAACGGGAACUUGCCACUGGAUAGAGCUUUUAAAGAGAACAACCACCAGGUGAGCGAAGAGGAUCUCGAAAAACAUGAUCAGGUUUUCAAAUUUCUUCUUAUGAAUUUGUGCUACAAAGCCAACCCAGAAAGACAUCUUCGCAUACACAAAUAUAUGCAUAAAGCUCUUGAAGAUGGAAGAGUUGUAAUCAUUGAAGCCAUAGUAGACAGCUGUUGGUGGGAAGCUGGCAUUUCAGGGGAGAAUGGACACCAGUGCCAGAACUUUCGUGACCUUAUCAAGGACCAUCCUUGCAUUGCACUUAAGCUCCAGAACAAGUGUAUCACAUGUUGCAAGGAAAACGGUUCCAAUGUUAUCUAUGACUUCAGACUCUUCGAAGACAAUUAUUACAUUCCAUCAGGAGUUGAUCCUCUCGCCAAGAGUCCAUUUGAUCCCGAAACACAUCAGGUUCUGACCAAAGCCAAAGCAUUUGUAGAAGAUGGUCUAAAGUGGAAAGAGAAGCAUCCAUUAACUCUGAUGAUAGCCCACCAGCGUCAUCAGUUGCUGCAUCACCCUUUAGUGAGGACGUGGCUUUGGCGGAAGUGGAGUUCAUACAUUUACAUCAUAUUCUUGAUUCGUUUCUUGAUUGAAAUCUUGUUUGCCAUCUUCCUAACCUGUUUCAUGGGCAUUGCAGACAAUUGGAUGCAUGUUGAAGCAAAGUGUAACCUGCCUUCAAAUGGUACCACCAUCAAGAAAGACUUCUGUGGCAUAGCAGACUAUUUAUCAUCAAAUUUGUCACAGAAUAAUGACAGCAGUUUUGGAAAUGCAACUGAGGAUCCGUCUCCCUUACCUCUAUUCAGUGACCUAGAUGAUGACAAACUACUGUGCGUGGAAAAUUACAUGGCUGCUGUUAGCAUGAAACGUGUAUUGUGGUCUGGCUUACUAGCCCUGACUUCAGUCCUCAUUUUGCUAGAACUUAAUUUUGUCAUUAGGUUAAGAAAACUUUACUUCUUACAACCAGACCACUAUCUGCAAGACAUCAGAAUCAUUUUUACCUUGGCUGUAUUGAUUCCUGCUGGAAUGUGCGAGUUCCAUUACGUCAUUUUGAAGGUUGAAAACUGGCAGAGUGGCAUUGUAGCACUUCUCUUGACAUGGCUACACCUCAUCAACACCAUGAACGAACUCCCAGCCUUCUCUGUGUUCAUGCCAGUGACAUCCAGCUUCAUCAAGAGUUUCUUUAAAGUCAUUUUCUAUAUCAUCAUGAUCAUAUUUGUCUUUGCCUUCACUUUCCACCUUCUCUUAAGAGACCAAAGUGCCUUCUCAACAGUGCCUCAGGCUAUGGUCAAAACCAUUGUAUGGAUGCUGGGAGAUUUAGCAUACGACGACACUUUUCUGCCAGAAGAACAAGCUCUUUACUACCCCAUUAUGGUGAAUUUUCUUUUUGUCGUCUUUGUGACCAUCCUCGGCGGCUUCAUUGCAAAUAUGGUCAUCACACAGCCGGCCAACAAGCUGGAGAAUUUCCGUGACAAGGCGCUGUUCCACAGGGCUGCCAGCCGAACGAAACUUUUUCUCAAACUGGAUAUCUGUUUUCCUUUCUUCCGGAAGAGGAGGACAGUCGGGAGUUUUGUCGACAGUGAGUCUAAGAACAUCAACUUUUUGCUGAAGAGGAUUGUCAUGUUGGAUAUCAAAGAAGAAUUCAGGCCUGAUCAAGAAGUCAGUCCACUUCAGCUGCAGUUAGAAGAAUUUCAUAAACAGUUUGCUGCACUGCAAAUGCAGUUCCAGGAGCAGAGAGAAGAGGUGAAAGAUCUCAAGCAUCAGAUAAACUUCUUAAUUAAGAUUUUAAUUGAACAAAAACAGUCGUAAGAAAUUUGUCAAAAUCUGACAGUAUGUAUACUAUGGAAUUUCCCAACAAUGCUGGAAUUAUGUCAGAUACCUGAAGUUGCACUGCACAGAUAAAACUCUCCACCAAAGUUCUAGUUACGUAUUAUGGACAAUUAAAGUCUCAAUGAAGGAGGCUGAAUGGAAAUGGAGUAUAAAAUUUAGGUCAAUGGCCAAGCCCUUGGGCCUAUGAGGUCAUUCAGUGUUGAAAGGGAAAUUAAGAGUAAGGUUGGAAAGGUGUAACAGGAGGAAAACCUCACAGUUGCACAGUGAAACAACUGUUAGGCAAGGGUGGAAAUUGCGAUGGAGGAAAGACAAGAAAGGAAUUACAGUAAAGGGAAUGAAAUAGGUUGCAGCCCGGGGCUGUAGGGAUGCUGCGUAACACCUUAAGUAAUGCCUACAGUGUACUGUGUGAGGUGCAUUGAUGGUACUUCCCCCAACAAAGAAUAAAGAUAGCCAACAGUAUCUCAGCAAGCACUGAGCUGGAACUUCAUGCAUCAUAGUUUUAAGAUUUUAAAUUGUUUUAUCCUAACUAUUUUAAAAGGGCACAGUGAUAAGUUUCAUGUACAUAUAGUUAGUAAAUGAAAUGUGUUUUUUAAACAUUUAUUGUUGAGCUUGUGAAUUUUUUUCAUUUGUUUUUAAACAAUGUGGUUUAGAUGAUUUCUUAUACAUUUAUAUGUAUGACAGCUGUCAAGAUUUAGCUUAAUUAAACUAUAACUAGGAAUUUCUACAAUGAUUCUCAUAUUUAUUGCCAGGAUGAAGAUUUUUAUGUAAAUGUUUCUUGUUACAAAUUGUUCCUCCAACAGUUGAGAAUUUUUUCACUCAAUAAGAGACCAGAAUUCACAGAUUUAAAAUGUCUUACAUUAAUUUUCCACUACAACAGAAAAUUUUAUAAGCAAGUUCUUACUUUUAUCAGUCGCAUAAGAUUUGUUUUGGAGAUGGAUGCAUUUCGAGACUUGAUAAAACAUUCCCAUAAGGGGCUGUCUGUGUUUUGUAUUUAAGGAAGCAAAAGAAAAAUCACAGUUUUCAAAAAACCACAUAAAAGAAAUAUCAGUUUAAAAAAAACACAAACUGGAGAGCAUAUAUAUUAAAGAAACCCACAUAAAGCUUCAGAGCAUCAUGUACCCUCUCCAGUGUGAAGUCACUGAACAGGCAGCGUGACACUCUGAAACUUUAUGGGGAUUUCUUAAAUAUAUUUUUUCUGUAAUUUGUGGGUUUUUUCAUGUUUCAAAGUUCAAUACUGAUCUUUUAUAAAAAUCACAAAAUGUUUAAUGAUUAGCUUCUUUUGUGAUUUGUAUUGUUCUCCUAUACUUUCCAAACAAUUGAAUAGUCUGUAAACCAUCAAGUUUAUUGAAUGAGAACCUUUUUUUUUUUUUUUUUUUUUACGUUGCAGCAUUUAAAAAACUACACUUUAGAAUCGGUUUUGUUUGCCAAGAUUAUAUGACCUGCUUGUUGCAUUUCUUAACAGGAUAUAUACUUUAAAUUUAUUUAUCCAGAAUAUGCUUGUAGAAUGAUUUUAGAAGAAUAAGUUUGUUAAAUAUACUGGAGUCCGACACAGUUGUUAAUUUGUUUCAUGUAUUACCUGUUUGUUAGUUUUAUUUUGAAUGGAAUUAUGGUAGAUGAUACUUUAUUAAGAAGCUGUUUUUGCUGAUUUUCAGAACACACAUUUGUUGGUGCUGUAAAAUCAUAUUUCAAAUACAUGCUGCAUAUACACAUGAAUGUGAGGAAAUACUGGAUUUGACAGGUUAAUGAAGAAUGUACUCAUGGUAGUAAUAGUGGUUGAAGUAGAGACAGAAGUAGUAUAUACAUACUCUAUCUAGUUAUAUUCUCAUCAAAGUUUGAACAUGACUUUGUCAAAUGGGAGAAAGUCAAAUCUUGUAAGAAAUCAGUCCUUAAUGUAAAAUGUAACCAUGCCUGAUACAUAAUCAGGAUUCAGCAAUCAUUGUUUACUUGUCUUAAAGACUACUUUUCAGUUUAGUUGUCCGGAGUUUAAAUCCCCACUCAUUAGGUGCUCUGGAGUUUAAGCCCCAGUCAAGGCUUGAUUGAUUUCACUAGUCAAACAUGACCUUACAGCCCUGUGAGAUAGGGAUGGAAGGUAUUAGGAAGCCCAUAGGCCUAUCUGAUGAGUCAUCAACGGCUACUACCUGGUUCCCCAUGCUCCUAGCAUGAGUGGAGAGGGUGCUUCAGCACUGAUCAUAUAUGUUCAGUUUCUAGGGCAUAGUAAGCUAGUGUAAGUUCCUUGCCUCUGCUGCUCAUGAGCGACUUUUAAUUAUCACAGUCAUGUACUGUUUAUGUAGUAACAAGGUGGUACAAAUUUUAUAAUUCAGUGCAAUCAAGGAAGUACACUAAUUAAACCCUUCUACUGUUGAAGCAUUAAAUCAGUUGUUCAACUGUCCCUUAUCUCUUGCCAAUGUCCUGACACCUUUCCCAGGCAAACUGACAAUAUAUACUUAUAUGUAUAAACAAAUAUGGUAAUAUUAGGCUUUAAAACAGUUAGUAUGAGAUCUGACAGUCAGCUGCCUAUUGACAGUGUACCAGAUAAGUUCAGUCCCCAGUAUAUUGGUUUGCAUAUGAGUAUAUGAUUGGCAUUGCACCAACAUCUGAUAAGGUGACUCAUGAUCAGAGAUGAUGGUGUUGAAUGUGUUAAGAAACAAGUCUCACCUGUUCAUUCCCUUUUUGAAGAAUACUAUAUGGUGUCCCUCUUUAAUAGUAUAGAUAUGACUUGUUCUUUCUCCCCAAAACCUUCACGAGAUGGUUUGCAAAUUUGUUUCAGUACUUUUGAUCUGUGGUCUCAAAUCAAGACAGCUUGUUUGGCAACUUCUACAAAAACAUUUCCAGUCUGAAGCGAGCAAUCAUUAACUUACUCUAAUAGGAAGUAGGAUGUCUGUGAUUGGUGCAAUGGAAGAAAAUGCUAUUGCUCUUUCUUUCUUUAAAUCUUCAGCUGAAAACCCUGAAAAUUGUUGUACAAGCAAUUUCCCAUGCUGCAUGAUGAGGCUCAUGCAUCUGUUAGCCAAUACGUUAUUACUGCAGUUGCUUGGGUACAUGGUGAGCUCAGUGCUGGGAGCAGCGACCUUUUAUGACCUACUCACAAUGUCUUAAUUGGACCAGCUAUAAGAUACACCUGUAUUAUGUUACAAGCUUUAAUCAAAGUUCCAACUUCUAUAUUUAGUGCCUAACGUGCCUCAGGUGAUAGAUAUCAGUUGUCCCUGAAUUCCAUAUUUCUUAAAAGCAUAAACAUAAAAGCUAUUUUGCACAGGUCUACCUCAUAACACUACACUGAAUUCAUCUGACAGCAGAAGAAUGAAGAACUAUGUAUUAAUAAUCAUUUGUAGUUCAUCCUCCUUUGUAACCACCUCUAAUACUCCACUGAUAGUUAACAUCCAUACUUUGUCAGUAACAGAUGAGAAAAUGUAGAAUAUGAGUAUAAAUUAGGCUGUCAUCACAAAUCUAGAGUCAGCUUUCCCAUCAUGGUGCAUUGCUUUGACAUAUAUAAUACUAACAUUGUAUUGUUUAAUAUGGUGAUUCCCUUAGCAAUAUGCUUUGCUAUCAUUGUGAUUUAUUCUUGCCCAGUGAUUUUGACUGUGAUGAAAAUACACUCUAUAUAGAAUAUUAUACACUGAAGAAUAUCAAUAUUGCUGUAAAUAUUUUGUGACUAUUUGUCAUAGGAAUAUGUGGAUAUUUUAUAAGUAGGGAAAGUAUGCUGUUACAAUUGAUAAACAUUGUUUUUCUUCACUGAUAUUCACCAGAGUUUAUUUUAAAGAGAAUGUAAAUUUUUAUUGAACUGUUUCACUUUUUAAUAAAGAUAUUCUUGUUU